GCGAGAAGCGACGGAGCCGGUGAGAAACCAGAAGGCCCAGGAACCCAACCCCUGAGAUAAAAACCAGACCCAACUCGCCGGAGCCGAAGAAGAAGGCUUCCCCCGCGCGCACAAGCAACGGCGCUACACAUCGGAUUUGGGGGUGCAACUGCUUUGUCUGCUUCAACAGAUUUGUCAUGGAUAUAAUGGUAUGAUAAGUUGGGCAAAAGGGAAAGAACAAAAAAUGUUUCCUUCUUCAGUGAACACUAAUCUUGAUGUCCCCUCUGUCUCACUAUUUCUUAACCCUAUUCCUAGCUCUUAUCUAUGUUUGAAAUGUCUUUUCUCUUAUCCUGCAACUCACAACUACCUUAUAAAGCCUCUUACUUGUUCUGCUAAUUCAAAGAAAUCUGGUUCAAAAUCAGACUCCAGUCCUGGCCCACACCUGAAUUCCAAACCCAAACCCAAAACAAGUACUCAACACCAGAAAACUGAAGUGCCCCGAAGUGAAGAUCAAAAUUCUGGCAUGAUAGUCCCAACUACGAUUCCAAAAAAGCCCCGGCGUGGUCGUAGAAGUGAAGCUGCUGCGGUUGAAGAUUUCGUGCGCAAUUCGCUUGAACGCACAUUUGCUUCAAUCAGACAGCAGAAUUCUGAAAUAUUGGAGAACAAGGAAAAUAUUAUGAAGGACAGGGUUGAUGAUGAGAACGAUUCCAAUGGCAGUAGUGAGGAGGAGGAGGAGGAGGAGGAUGAAAGUGGUAACGGAAGAGAGAAGAAGAUGGUGGUUGAGGAGGAGAGUUCUAAUUGGCCACUGGAUGCCGAUGUGGGGUGGGGAAUUAGAGCUUCAGAGUACUUUGCGCAGUACCCCAUCAAGAAUGUUGUAGGGGAAGAUGGUGUUGAGAUUGACUGGGAGGGAGAGAUUGACGACAGCUGGGUAAAGGAGAUCAAUUGUCUGGAGUGGGAGAGCUUUGCCUUCCAUCCGAGCCCAUUAGUUGUUCUUGUCUUUGAAAGAUACAACAGGGCAUCUGAUAACUGGAAGGUUUUGAAGGAGCUAGAGAAGGCAGUCAAGGUUUACUGGAGUGCCAAAGAUCGAUUGCCACCUCGGGCUGUUAAGAUAGAUAUCAACAUUGAGAGGGAUUUGGCCUAUGCACUCAAGGUUAGAGAAUGCCCACAACUUUUGUUUCUGCGUGGCAACAAGAUCAUAUACAGGGAAAAAGAGAUUCGAACAGCAGAUGAAUUGGUUCACAUGAUUGCUCAUUUUUACUAUAAUGCAAAAAGGCCUUCAUGCAUCAAGGAUGAAGCUCUAUCUCCACCAUUUUAGUUCAAACCUGGGAAAGAUCAACCUGAAGUUCAGGAGCUCAAUAGCUGUUUCACGAUAUGGUAAAGCUACCUGCUGCUGCUGUUUGUUUGCUGCUUGUACCAUGAUGAAUGACUAAGUGAAGGCUUGUUGGUUUGCAGCGAGGAAAUCUGUCCUGUGGCCAAAUUGUUGUAAUUUGGUGAAAAUCUAAAUAAAAUUCUACAUGGUUGAGCUCAUGUGAAAUUUUAGGGUACCCCACCCACCUCUUCAAAGUGCACCACACCCUCCUUUGGUUUACACCACAUUCUUUCGUGUGACACUGCACCCUCUUUUGUUGUAUUAUGUCUCUCGUUUUUACACCGUAUUCCUUGGGUACCGAUACCCAAGGAUAAUGUAGAAGGCCCCUUGAGUUCAUACUCUCCCCUAGGCUUGUCAGUGGUUCAGGCAUAGACCAGAUACAAUUCAGAUCCGAUAGA